AUGUCUAGCAAAGUUACAUCAUUGGUGUUCACGUUCCCUUUAUUCACGUAUGCUAUAGAAUUAGUGAAGGAUUUUAUCGUUUCCAUGAUGAGAACUUCACCAAUUCCUAAGCAUAUCGGCCUAAUUAUGGAUGGGAAUAGACGAUACGCAAAAUCCAAAGAUAUAGAGCUAAAAGACGGCCAUAGCGCGGGGGCUGAUUCUUUGAUUCAGGUAUGUCAAGAUAUCAAGAAAGGAUAUAGAAAGAAAUUACUAACACAUAUAGGUAUUGAAUACUUGCUAUAAGCUUGGGAUUCUCCAUGUUACGGUUUAUGCUUUUUCUAUUGAGAAUUUCAAUCGAUCUAAAGAAGAGGUCGAUACAUUGUUUGCUUUAUUAAGAGAUAGAUUAAAAUUUAUAUCCGAGAAAGAAGAAUCAUAUGCUAGGUUUAACAAUAUUAGAAUUCGAAUAAUCGGAAAUAGGACAAUGAUACCAAGCGACAUAUUGAAAGACUUAGAAGAUAUAGAAGACCGAACUAAGAACGCACCUUCCGCUAAAGUAUUGAAUGUUUGUUUUCCAUACACUUCGCGUGAUGAUAUAGUUCAUUCAAUUCAAAGUAUUGCUGAGAAGAUUGAAUCAAAAGAAAUAGAAUCUAAUGAACAUAUCACCUUGGAAACGUUAACUAAUAACAUGUACAUGGGUCCAAACACUCCACCAUUAGACAUAUUAAUCAGAACGAGUGGUCAUACCAGACUAAGUGAUUUUAUGUUGUGGCAAUGUAAUUAUAACUGUAUGAUCGAAUUUGUUGAUACUUUGUGGCCCGAUUUUAGAUCUUGGGAUAUAAUGACAAUUAUAAUGAAGUGGAGUUAUUACAGAACUUUGCAACUCGAACAGCAGCGAAUUAUGAGCAAUAAGAAAAGUGAAGACCAAAAAGUAAUGACAGAUAUACUAAAAGAAUUGCCACCUCAUCCACCAUUUGCUUCGAUAACUCAGCAUUGA